AUGCAACGUGAAGAGACCAGGAUGAACAAAAACUCUUUGCUGCUUGCACUGAAGCACUACAGCUCUGCAGUCAGUGACAUGGAACAGACCAUCCUGCUGCCCAGCCUGCUCAGAGAUGUCCCGUCUGAAGAUGAUGUGAACUGUGAGGCUGGAGAGAACAGCAAGGACCUGUACGAGUGCUAUAACAUGCUGAAGGUGAUCAGGAACAUGGUAGAGAGCGGACUGGUCCCCUAUGACGAUGGUAGCAUGAAGACUCGCAUGGCUCUUUGUAAAAGCCUGGAGCCGCUGCUGGAAGGCGACUCAGAGGCGUUCUUCUACUUCCACCUGAGAGGCCUGUUCUCAGUCAUGUGUACUCUUACGAAGAAAUCACAGGAUCUUACAUAUAAAUACCUGGACAUUUUGGGCAUCGAAAAUUAG